AUGCAAGGAAUGCGAGAAGGCCAAAGCACUGCAGAGCAUCACUCGGAAGAGAAAAGCACCGACGUGGAGGAGGACAUAAGGAAUUUAAUGAACAAAAAGCAAAAAUAUGCGGAAAAAGAGGUAGAGCCGGAGCUGGAGUCGAUUGAAACAACAAUUUCCCUUCUGAAGCAGCUCUCUCUACAGUAUGACGAGCUGGAGGCGUUUUUGAGAAGCAGCAAGCCCGGGACAGGCGACCAGUUUCCAGUGGAGCUGGUGUCGGAAAUUGUGAAGUCAAGCCGAAUAUCGCCGUCUUUGUGCAAAAUGGUGGAGUGCGUGACAGAGCAAGUGAAAGUGCUAAAGAAGGAAAACGAGCUACUGAAAGUGUCAGAGACCUCUGUCCGCGGGCAGUUUGAGGACGCGACCACCACGCACCGGACUGUAAAGAUGGAGGCAAAAUACCUGAACAAGGCACUGAACGAAGCAGCCAAGGAGAUUAAGCGGCAGAAAGAGGAGGCCAGCGCCCAAAGAAAGCGCAUUUUUGAGCUGGAGGCUUCGCUGGAGAGUCAGAAAAAAAUAUCGAAGGAGCUCCUCCGGGACAAAAAAGUGAGCAACAAGGAGACGGACAUUCACGAAGAAGAGAAGCAGGUCCUCCAAGGAAUAAUAGAGCACAAGGACGCCGAGCUGGAGAAGGCCCGGAGAAGCCAGGAGGAGAUGUCGUACGAGAAGCAGAAGAUCAAAAGAGAGCACGAAGUUCUGCUGAUCCAGUACAGCAGGCUGAAAAAGCGCGCGGAAAUCAAGGAAAAGGCGCUAAACGCCUGCACGCUGGAAAUGGAGGAGCUGAUCAAGCAGAUGGAUAAGCUGUCCAAGUCAGACCUGCAGAAGCGGGAGAGGCUCGAGUAUCUGGCAAUAAACAAAAAGAAAAAAGAGUACGACGCGCAGAAAAUGCAGACUGAGGGAGAAAGAAGACGGCGCGAUAAAAGGUCGGAAAUAUACGCAAGCAGAAACGCCCCUGCGAGAAGCUCGGGUGCCCAUAAGCCCCGCGAAGUGGCACACUCUGUGGUUGUCACAGAUGAAACCGAGGAAACAGACGUGUCAGGCUUGGGCAGCGAAAGCAUCACAGACAUUCCUGUGUCCUUCUCGCAGGCCGUUGAUGAUGCCUCAGUUUCUGACGUCGAGUCAAACUCAACAAACAAAACAACGACAAGCUUCCGGGAAAUGCAGAAAAAAACAGAGGAGAUGACAAAGAAAUUCAAAGAGCUUGAAAACCUUUUGAACGAAAUUAAAAAAACAAACGAUUCUGAGCUAGACAAGGUAGAGGAGAAAAUAUCCCGCAGAAGGCCAGGCGAGUAG